AUGAACAAUUCGGAGACAAGCACUGUGACUGCGUUUAUCCUCCUCAGCUUUCCUGGUGGUCAGGAGAUGCAAAGUUUCCUCUUCUUGUUGUUCUUUGGAAUGUACAUAUUUACCAUAAUGGGAAAUGGGGCCAUUAUCUGUGCUGUGAAGUUGGACAGACGACUGCAUACCCCAAUGUAUAUUCUCCUUGGGAAUUUUGCUUUCCUUGAAAUCUGCUAUAUUACCUCCACUGUGCCCACUAUGCUAGUCAAUUUCCUCUCAGAAACAAAAACCAUCUCGUUUGUUGGAUGUUUCCUCCAGUUCUAUUUUUUUACUUCUCUUGGUACAAUUGAAACAUUUUUCCUCUGUAUCAUGGCAUAUGAUCGGUACCUGGCUAUCUGCCGUCCACUGCACUACCCAACCAUCAUGACACCACAACUCUGCUUUAUCUUGAUAUCUCUUUGCUGGGUGUUUGGGUUCCUUACUUACCCUGUCUCCACUGUGCAGCUCUCUCAAUUGCCUUUCUGUGGGCCCAACAUCAUCAAUCACUUUGUGUGUGACAUAGACCCACUGAUAGCUCUGUCCUGUGCCCCAGCUCCUGUCAUUGAGAACGUCUUCUACAUCCUGAGCUCCCUGAUUCUCAUAUUCACUCUUCUGUACAUCCUGGGCUCCUACACCCUUUUGCUGAUAGCUGUGUUAAAAGUCCCUUCAGCAGCAGGCCGGCGGAAGGCCUUUUCCACCUGCGGAUCACACCUGACAGUGGUGUGCUUAUUCUUUGGGGCCCUCUUGGCAAUGUAUGUGAGUCCCACAGCUGAUAAUACAGCUAUAAUUCAGAAGAUUAUUACUUUGUUCUAUACUGUGGUCACUCCCUUCUUAAACCCCUUGAUUUACAGCUUACGAAACAAGGAGAUGAAGACUGCAUUGAAGAAAGUUCUGAGGAUAGAAUGA